AUGUGGCUUGAUAAGGCCGACUUGUCGGAGCGGGGCGCGCGGACCGCGAUGUCGGUCUGUGCCCGACGCGUGGCAGCCUCUGCGUCGCGCCGCCGUCGAGGCGGGACGGCCGCGCCUGUCGUCCUGCGGCGCCGGCUGCCCGCCUCCGGCCAUUGGUGGCCAGUGGGCCAGACUGCAGGACGCACCGACCAGGCGAGACGCGCCUGCUCGCCUUCUUUGACGUCGUCGCGAGAAUCCGGUGGUUCGAGUCUUUCGUCUCUUUUUCUACAAGUCGCCAGCCCGCCUUCCGUCCCGGCCGGGCUGUCACUUUAUUGCCGUGCCUCCGGCUCAUCGUCAUCUCACCGCUGCCCACGGUCGCGGAAACGCUGGGCCGUAGGAGGUGAGCCCGCCGGAGAUAAGCCAAUGAGAUAA